UUUUGACCUUUGGAUAUAUCCACAGUAUGUGAGAAGAAAGUGCCCGAAAAAACGCUGCCUUAUGACAUGGAGUACCAGAUGGAAGCCAGCAAUCUCAUUUAGAGCUCUUUAAAGACUCAGCGAAUGAUUACAGUCUGAGUAUUUCAUGUAGUUAAGGAGGUUCUUCAAACCGAGGUACCUAGCUCUCCUGAGUUUCAAUUUAUGUCCCAUAAAGGACAUCAGAUCCACUCAGUGCUUGGAUAGAGUUGUAAUGAGGUGUACGUCUGAAUACAGUUAUCGGUUUUAGUAACUCCCAGUUGUCGUUUGAAUAGAAGAGGCGCACAGGAACAGGUAAAGUUCAACUUUGGCCUUUCCCAAUCUCAGACUUCUUCUUCAUCUUCUUAGUUUCGAGAGUGACGUUUCUACUGAAUCCUAUUACUGACGCAUGUUGAUGUCAGCUCUGGAAAUCUCCAGCAUAUGAGAUCCCUGGCGUAUUGUUGGAACUCAUGUUCCUCCCUUUGGAGAGUGCAUCGGUACUGAUGUGGCAUGCUGACCUUAAUGCACUACAUGUAGCCCUCCUUCCUUUCUUACAUCGUGAUAGUUUUGUCAACUGACGAAGACAUAACAACUGCACGCAUCAACUCUAAAUCAGAAGUUCAGAAAACUUAGAUGCUUCUCAGCCUGCUAGGCAUUCCUCUGUCCAGCGAAAUUCAGGAUUGGAAAUUUUGGGAGUUAAAUCAUUUGCGAGGGUAUAUAAGGAGAGAAUGUCGUCGUUCAUUACUGAUUUCGUCAUCACUCACGAGCUCACUCAAUUCCCAACGUUGUAAACUGCCACAGUUCCGAAGACGUGAAGCAUUUCUUCACAGUUCUUUAAUCAUGAUCUGCUUGCUUAGAAUCUUCAAAAUUUUAGUUGAUGUGCAAGCAUUUGUACAUCAGAUGAUUUAGUUGUGCAUGAAACGACAGCAGUUCCCAAGGUUUUCCGAGCCAUGUCUCGCCUUCAUGUCAUGACUCUUUUUGGGGUUAAUAGACGACCAAUUUUCCUCUGUUUGAUUGAUACUUGAGUUACGUCGAGAGAUUUCGCGUUUGAAGUUCUGUUCACAUCACUCCACUCUAAGCUUGCUCUUCCACUUGAUGAAUCCAAUAGUUUGUCCACCGACACUCUCCUAGGUUGCCUACGCUCAGGCUUCACUUAUAAUUUUCUGGCCCAAUUUUCUUGUAGUAAUGAUAGAAAUGAAAAGCUAGAUCGACAAAUCUGCUAGCCUUGACUUCUUUGGUUUCCCAUACUCGGAGGUGAAGACUGUUCAUAAUCUUUAUAACAUUGUGAUGCAGUUGAGACAGCUUCUGGAUGGGAAAAAUCACUUGUUUGGCAAGUCAUGGUGUACAGCUUCUUACUCCCCAUGACCCUACAGAGCGCACGAAGGAAGAUAAACGUUGUGUUUUUAAUAAAAAGAUUCAGCUCACUACAUGCCUGAUUGACUAUCCGAAAAACCUCGAACUAUUUCACAAGUUUCUGCAAGAUGACGAAAGAGUGAUGCAACAUGAAGGGUACCACUGAAGAUGUUCACGAGACCGAGCCUGCUUUGAGUGCAACUAAGUCUCCGACUGUACAGGAGAUGGAGCAAAGAAAAAGUAAGAGUAAUCAAGAGCGCAACAUACGAGACGUAGUGUCAUCCUUGGCUAAAGCUCUGAAAGACGCUCGGGAUCAACUGGUAGUCCUCAUACAGUACACCAGUGCUUCGGUUGGGCGUGGUAACGCAUUCAGAAACAGUAAAGCGUUUUGCUAUGGGAAGGAAAAAGUCUACAAUCGGAGAGUGAAGAUGACCUACCCCCAGGGUAACAACGCCCUCCCUAUGCGGUAUUGUGGUGGUGGUGGUGGUAGUGGUAGUGGUGAUGGUAGUGGUGGCUCAGUCUUACGUGAGCAGACGUUGGGCAACGUGCAUCGCGAGCAUGCACGUGGUCAUCUUGCAUUUGGAGUCCACUCGGAGUUCAAACCUGUUCCCCCUAAGUAUUAUGUGAAACAACCAACGAAGGUUCCCUCAAACUGCUCUGAUUUAACUCGCAGUAAUCCUUACGCUGGGAAGAGAGGACCGCACUUGGGGAUAGAUGUGGAUGCUAAACCUAACUCCUUGAAAAUCAACAUGAAGGAGGGUCGUAGCGAUCUCAUGAGCAUUAAAUUUUUACCGAGGGCCAAAAGCCCACGAUCUUCGUCAAAGACUUGGGGACAGCCUUUUCCCAGUUCCAGGCGUCAUUGUGAAGGCGACCAAUACGCAGCCACGUUGAAGCAGGAAGCCAUGGAGAUUCGACAGCAAAGACGUGCCGAGGAAGGCAGAGACCCGAGUUCGAGAGCACAGACUAGAGAAGGAAGGCGGAGAAGCUGAUUUUCAACUGACAUUGAGGAGCAUAGUUCGGGGCAUUUUGAUUCCGCACUCCGGGUGUUUUCAACCUGCACGGGGCUCCAGCUCUACUCACUGUCGACCAAUAGGAAGAUUGAUUGAAGUUUUUAGGGCUUGUCCACGUUGGUUUUGACAAUUGAAUGAGCAGCUUUGAAUAUUUCUGAGGCAAGAAGUUUGAGGAGGAGCAUUAGAAUUCACACAGGCGCACAAUGGUAAUGAAUUCCGCAUUGCACACAUUAAAUAAAUUUAGUUAGACAUACCCAGUGCGUGCAUAAACCCUAGAAGGAUUAGAUGGUUCAAAACAGAGGUCAAAAAGGCUUCAAGUCCCUUCCGAAGCGUAUAGCACUAGGGGACUAGAAUGAUAGAACUGGAAGCUCUCUUUUACAACUUGAGGAAUAUAUCUAAAUUUCUUCUGAGGA